AUGUUAGUAGACUCUGAACCAUUGGGUAUUGAAGAAGUGCUCAAGAAGAAAGUCUGGCUGAAUGCCAUGAAAGAAGAAAUUGAAGCUAUAGAGAGAAACAAAACUUGGGAAUUGAUUAAACUUCCAAAGAAGAAGAAAGCCAUCAACGUCAAAUGGGUUUUCAAGGUGAAACUUAAUUCAGAUGGAUCAGUUGGUAAACACAAAGCAAGAUUAGUGUUCAUAGGUUUUCUUCAAAAACCUGGACUAGAUUAUUUUGAGGUAUUUGCACCCGUAGCUAGACAUGAAACAAUCAGACUGGUGAUUGCUUUAGCUGCAAAUAGAAGAUGGCCUCUGAUGCAUCUGGAUGUGAAGUCAGCAUUUCUGAAUGGUCCUUUACAAGAAGAGAAAUAG